GAAUUCUAUUUCAUUUCACGUGCAAAUCACUGUCCAAAUUGUGUCUUCACCUAAACUGAAAAAAGCCCUUUUUAUAAGCUCAAAAUCACUCUUGAAGAAAACGCAAAUUGGCUUUUAUCAUCUUCAUCUUCCUCUUUCAGAGCCUCUACAUUCACAUGUGUUUACCAGAGGAAAAUAGAGAAAGAGAGAGAUCCAUGGCGCUAGAACCAACUCUACUAUAUCCACAAGACCCUUUCACCUAUGGAUUCAACAAAGACCACUACAAUUACAACCUUUUAACAGAUUCUGAAGCAAACUUUGACUACACCAAUUUCAACCUUCAAAAUGAAGAACAAGGUUUUGUUUCUACUUUUCUCAAGAACCAACAAACAGAGAAUUAUCCUUAUGAAAAUUGGAGUAACAAUUGUCCAUCUUUAGAUAGUUCAAUUUCAACUCGUUCUCGUUCCAAGAAACGCAGAGUCAAAACAAGUAAGAAUAAGGAAGAAAUUGAGAAUCAGAGAAUGACUCACAUUGCUGUAGAACGCAACAGGAGAAAGCAAAUGAAUGAGUAUCUCUCUGUUCUUAGAUCUCUCAUGCCUGAAUCCUACGUCCAAAGGGGUGAUCAAGCAUCAAUUAUUGGGGGUGCUAUUAACUUUGUUAAGAAGCUUGAGCAGAAGCUACAAUUUCUUGGUGUACAAAAACAAAAGGAGGGUAAAUUUGAUACUAUUGUUGAAAAUAAAAACAAGCCCUUUUCUGAAUUUUUUACCUUUCCACAAUACUCAACAAGUGACGGUGUGUGUGAGAGUUCUGAGACAAAAAUGGGUGGUGAGGUUCAAUCUCGCAAUAUUGCUGAUAUUGAAGUUACAAUGGUUGAAAGCCAUGCAAAUCUCAAAAUAAGAACAAAGAAAAGACCAAAACAGCUCUUGAAGAUGGUUUCUAGUUUGCAUGGAUUGUGUCUCACAAUCUUGCACCUUAAUGUCACUACAGCUGAUGAAUUUGUCUUCUAUUCUCUCAGCGUUAAGGUUGAAGAUGAUUGCAAGCUUGGAUCAGUGGAUGAGAUAGCUGCAGCUAUAUACCAAAUAUUGGAAAGUAUUCAACAAGAGUCAUCAAUCAAUAUAUUGAAUUAAGAUCUAAACUUUAACUAAUUUUGCUCUUUUUUUUUUUUUUUUUUUUUUAACUUUAAGAUCUCUUGAUGAUGGAGAAUACUAUUUUCUCUCAUUAAUUUCCUCUCUCAAGAUGUACCUAGUUAUUGCAAAGGCUGUUUAAUAUUUGUUAAUCUAAUGAUUGUGCCUUAUAUUA